CUGCUUUCCAUCCCUCGUGAUCACUUGAUACCUCCCUCCCUCUCUCUCUCUCUCUAUCUCUCUCUCAUCCUCUUCAUCCUUCCCCUGCAAUGGCUUCUCCCCAGGGAAGGUUUCUCUCACUGUCCUUUCUGCUGAAGAACGCUUCUUGAGCUCUUCAGUCAUCCCUUUGACCUAUAUCCAUUCCGAGUCUCUUGCAUCUCUUUGUCUGUCGGAGACGACAAUGCCGUUGUCAGCUCCAAUGGACAUACUCGGGCCUGCUGCUCUCGUCUUGUCUGUGACUGUGAUUCUACUGAGUUGUUGGCCGGUGGACUCGGAGCCGACCCAGGACAAGCAGGCCCUCCUCGACUUCCUCAACCAGACCCAUCACUCCUCGCACCUCAACUGGACCGUCUCCUCCUCCGCCUGUGACUGGGUCGGCGUCGGCUGCGACUCCAACCGGUCCUCCGUCUUCACCCUCCGUCUCCCCGGAGCCGACCUCGUGGGCCCCAUCCCCCCCAACACCAUCGGCCGGCUCACCCAGCUCCGGGUCCUCAGUCUCCGCUCCAACCGCCUAUCCGGUCAAGUCCCCGACGACUUCUCCAACCUCACCCUGCUCCGCAGCCUAUACCUCCAGGACAAUGUCUUCUCCGGCGAGUUCCCCCCUAGCGUCACUCAGCUCACCCGUCUGACCCGCCUCGACAUUUCGUCGAACAAGUUGUCCGGCCCAAUCCCCUUCGCGGUCAACAACCUGACCCACCUCACGGGCCUGUUCCUGCAGAACAACAACUUCUCUGGGACGCUCCCGAGCAUCGACUCCGAAGGCCUGAACAACUUCAAUGUUUCGCACAACAACCUAAACGGCUCGAUCCCCGCGAGCCUAUCGAAGUUCCCCGAGUCCGCUUUCGCAGGAAAUCUCGCCCUCUGCGGCGGCCCUCUGGCAGCCUGCAACCCAUUCUUCGGGUCGCCAUCUCCGUCACCAGGGGGCCCUUCCGGGACUCCUGGCCACAAGAAGUCGAAGAAGCUCUCCACGGCCGCAAUUGUGGGGAUUGCCGUUGGGUGUGCUCUGUUCUUGCUGCUGCUUCUGCUCGUGCUGUUCCUCUGCCUCCGGAGGCGGCAGAGGAGGCAGCCCGCGAAGCCCUCGAAGGCCCCAGCAGCUGUGGCGGGGGCUCGGUCGGUCCCAGCUGAGGCUGGCACGUCGUCCUCCAAAGAUGAUAUCACAGGGUCGGCUGAAGCUGCGGAGAGAAACAAGCUCGUGUUUUUGGAAGGAGGGGGGUACACGUUCGACCUGGAGGACCUAUUGAGGGCGUCGGCGGAGGUCCUGGGGAAGGGCAGCGUCGGGACUUCGUACAAGGCUGUCCUCGAGGAAGGGACGACGGUGGUGGUGAAGAGGCUGAAGGACGUGACUGUGAGCAAGAGAGAGUUCGAGGGGCAAAUGGCGAUCCUGGGGGAGAUCAAGCACGAGAACGUGGUUCCUCUCAUGGCCUACUACUACUCCAAAGAUGAGAAGCUGCUGGUCACUGAUUAUUUGUCCGCUGGUAGCUUGUCUGCUCUUCUUCAUGGUAGCAGAGGAUCGGGCCGUACGCCGCUGGACUGGGACAACCGGCUGAAGAUUGCGAUAGGCGCCGGACGGGGGCUGGCCCACCUUCACCGGUCGGGCAAGGUGGUCCACGGCAAUGUCAAGUCCUCCAAUGUGCUGCUCCGGCCAGACCGCACGGCCUGUGUUUCAGACUUCGGCCUCAACCCGCUCUUCGGGACAUCAGCCCCGCCGAACCGGGUCGCAGGAUACCGGGCGCCCGAGGUGGUGGAGACUCGGAAGGUCACAUUCAAAUCCGAUGUGUACAGCUUCGGAGUUCUUGUACUGGAGCUACUGACAGGUAAGGCUCCUAACCAGGCAUCCCUAGGUGAAGAAGGGAUCGAUCUGCCUAGGUGGGUCCAGUCUGUGGUUCGGGAGGAGUGGACGGCCGAGGUCUUUGAUGCGGAGCUGAUGAGGUACAACAACAUAGAGGAGGAGAUGGUCCAAGUGCUCCAGAUCGCAAUGGCAUGUGUAUCCACCAUGCCUGAUCAGAGGCCCGACAUGACCGAGGUGGUUCGCAUGAUGGAGGAGGUGAACCGGGCCGAUCCGGAUGACGGUGUGAGGCAGUCGUCCGACGACCCAUCGAAGGGGUCGGGGGGCCACACGCCACCCCCCGAGGCACGGACUCCUCCUAGAGGGGCUACACCUUAAGACAUGCUUGAAGAAGCUAAUAAAAAUUGUGCAGUGAUUUAGUUGAGUGGGGACUUUAGGAUGAAAUGAAACUCUGGCAGUUUCAUUUUAUUUUAUUUUUUAAUUAUAUUUCUUAUCAAUUUUUUUUUUCCCCUUUGAAAAUUGUCUUUACUAUGCAAUUAUUUCUUAUAGGUGGGGGUUGGAGGGGGUUUUGAAUUGUUUCCUUGGGGGGUUGGUUGGUUGAGUUCCAUGAGCUGAUUGGAAUUGACCAUUUGAUGCAAUUUUUGGUUUUCCUUUUAAAGUAAAUUUUUAUUUUGUUUAUUCAAUUCUUUCUUAGAAUUAUUUUGUUAACUCCCA